UUGCGAUUUAUAUGGGUAUUUAGGCAAUCAGCCCCACUUUCGUCGUAGCGGUUGCUCUAUGAAUCAAGUACUGCAAUUAGGCUCCAAAGUUUUCAUCUUUUACACCAGUAAACAGGUCAUUAGUAGCUUUGAAGCGACACCAAGAAAUUUGAGAAUUGGGACAUUGUUCACUUGGAGAACAAGAGCAAUGAGGUCUAAAUCACUUGUUUCGAACUCUUCAAAACCCGUGUCAUCACUGCAGGAAGUUAACAAAAUGACAGGAGGAGAAAUGGGUAUUACCCCAACUUCUGAUGAGGGUUUUGUCAAGGAAGAUGGUGAGAUAAGUAGAGCGACUGAAGAAAAGAAACAUAAAAAAUUGAAAGGAUUAGUGAGUACAAGCACAAAUUCUGAGAAGAUUUUUGAGGGAGAUGGUGUGGAAAGUAAUUCACUUAAUAUUCAGAGUAUCAGGGAUGAUCCUGGGAGAAUUGAAAUCAUGACAGUACAAGAACUCAGAGCUAAUUUGAGGAGUAUUGGGGUCCCUGCCAAAGGUGGUAAACUUGCUCUUAUGUCUGCCUUGAAGGAUUAUGUAGAGAAAAAGAUAGAAGAUGAAAAUUCUCAUGUAGAAGUGCAAGAAGCAGGCUCCAUUUCUUCAGAAAGAAAAUCUUUAAAAAGGAAGGGUAAGAAUAGAUCUGGUCAGGACCAUGUUCAAGCAAUUAACUCUGUUUCAGAGGUUUCUGUGGUUAAACAGAAUAAGAGAAAGGUUAAACAAUCGCCUGUUGAGGAUAAACAAGUUGAACUGAAUGCUACAAUAAUCACAACCGAACAGAUGAUGUCAAUCAAAACCGAUGGGAUUUCAGUUCAAAGCGAACCUUGGACAAUUCUUGUGCAUAAGAAACCCCAAAAAGGGUGGAUUCCUUAUAAUCCUAGAACAAUGAGGCCUCCACAACCUUCAAAAGAUACAAAAUCAUUAAGGCUUAUGUCAUGGAAUGUGAAUGGAUUAAGAGGAUUACUUAAACUAGAGGGAUUCUCUGCUUUGCAACUUGCUCAAAGGGAAAACUUUGAUGUAUUAUGCUUGCAAGAGACUAAACUGCAAGAAAAAGAUGUUGAAUCAAUCAAACAUUCUCUCUUAGAAGGAUAUGAGAAUAGCUUUUGGACAUGUAGUGUUUCUAAACUUGGUUAUUCUGGUACAGCAAUUAUCUCACGGAUAAAACCACUCUCAGUCACAUAUGGCCUUGGUAUAGAUGAUCAUGAUGAUGAGGGACGGCUUGUGACAGCUGAGUUUGAUUCAUUCUAUUUAUUAAACGCCUAUGUCCCUAACUCCGGGGAUGGCCUGAAAAGAUUGUCAUACAGGAUCAUGGAUUGGGAUCCAUCUCUUGGCAGGUACAUGAAAGAGCUUGAAAAGAAGAAACCUGUUAUUUUGACGGGCGAUCUAAAUUGUGCCCAUGAAGAGAUAGACAUUUUUAACCCUGCUGGAAACAAAAGAAGUGCUGGCUUUACAGAUGAAGAAAGGCAAUCGUUUGGGAAGAACUUCUUAUCUCAGGGAUUUGUUGAUACCUUCAGAGCACAACAUCCUGGUGUUGUUGGCUAUACAUAUUGGGGUUAUCGGCAUGGUGGGAGAAAAAAUAAUAAAGGAUGGAGACUAGACUACUUUCUUGUCUCGAAAUCUAUAGCCAACCAAGUUCAUGAUUCGUACAUUCUUCCUGAUAUUGGAGGCAGUGAUCAUUGUCCUAUUGGCCUUGUGCUCAAGCAUUAGUUCUUCCAAUACCUCUUGACAUUUAGAAUCAGUUAGUGCAAAUUCCCAACUUCAGAUAACUUUUUGGUGUUAGCAGUAAUUUGGAAAGAUAAAUGCAAUGAUCCCAUUUUGUUAGUUUAUGAAACAUGGCAAAGAAAAUUGCUGUGUAGCUUUCCUUCUUGGUUGCUUCUUUUAUUACACAAUUUAUAGCUAAAUUUCUGAUACAUUGGACGCUUUGUACAGAUGAAAUAUGGAAUGUCAAGUUGGUAGAAGUUUGUGAAAA